UUGGGAAACCCGGUGGCAUGGUUGUGUGUCACUUUCACUGGGACCCGCGGUCGAUGCCGGUGGAGGGGGAUGGGUGCCACUGCGAAUGUUAGAACCCGAGACAGAAUCAGAGCCCUGUACAACAUAGAGCAGUAUAUACCCCUUUAUAAAUAUCAAUUGUAAAUCAUAUAAAACGCCAUAAUAAAUGGAUCCAAGCACCGGGGAUUCAACAUAGACACGCGAUGGAAAUACGGUGCCCAAGCAGGACAGGGAAUUAAACUUUUAACCUUUGCGUGGGAGACAUAGAGAAGUUUGUUUCCUACCCCGGGAGAGGGAGCUAUCUUGGGGGGCAAAGGAUACAGGAGACGCCGAGGCCGAGGUGGAGGCCUACUGGUCUAGUUCGAUUUGAUGUUGGAAUACUCGAAGAUCUGCAGACAACACAGGAGGAUAUUUUAUUUGUACUGGGUUGGAAUGUCUCACUAGGUCUCCCCAUGUCCGUGAGCCGUCGGCUGCGGCUCUGCGGCGCCCCACCCCUGGAUUGGUCUGUCACUACAGUUCAGACCCCGUGAUUUCCCCCCCUCUCUCCUCCUCCCCCCUGUCCCAUCCCACCCUCCCCCCUCCUUCUCCCUCCCCCCUUCCCCCUCCUCCCUGCGCGCCGCUGUGCUGGACGUCAUGAGCAUAGUAAUCGCGCUGGGAGUCACCACACCAGAAACGUCCUACUCAGAUAUGGCUGCUGGAUCAGACCCUGAGUCAGUGGAAGCAAGCCCUGCCGUGAAUGAGAAAAACUACCCCAACCACAGCUGUGUGAGUGCACAGAGUCAUGGGUAUCGGGGACUACCAUAUACUAUGCAACAGUCUUCCGUUGUGUGUUGUCAGGAUCACAACUAUGGCGCGCCCCCUCCCCCCACCCCACCCGCCUCACCGCUCUCCCAAACCAUCAUCCCUCGAAUGGAGCUCAACGGCGUGGCACGCGGCCCUACCUCCCGCUACCAUGACAACGGCCACCAGGAGGAGAACUCUGCUGACAGCGACAGCUCGUCGGAGGAAGAAGGGGCCGUGGCCAGCUGGUGCCACUGCAGCCUGACUCAGGAUGGCUUCCUCAUUAAGUGCGAGAGCUGCAGGGGGCUAGACAGGAGGAAAGGACUGGACGGCCAACGCCGGAAACAAGAAAAUGUAUCAGUGGGCGAUAGCAGCGCCACGGAGAGUGGCGACGAGGAAGUGUCGCCCGCCACGGUGUCCUACACAGCAACGCAGCACACGCCCACCAGCAUCACACUCACAGUCAACCGCGUCAAGCGGAACAAGUCCAAGAAGAGGAAGAAGAGCACGGAGAAGGCCCGCGGAGUGCCCAAGGGCAAGAAAAUAAAGGCCUUCAGAGAGGGUUCUAGAAAGUCCAUGAGGAUGAAGAACUCCACUACAGAGGCCAGCGCGGUGGACGAGACCACAGCGGAGGGAUGGGAGAGCCGCAUCCGCCAGUGGACGGACCAGUACGAGGAGGCCACGGCCAACCAGUACAGUGCUGACGUCCAGACACUGCUCCAGCUGCACCGUGCCGCCACCGUUACUGUUGCUGCCGAGGGCGUGGUAGUGGGUGAUACAACGCCAGCGACAACGACGACCUCACCGGCCCAGGUCAACGCCUCGGCCAAUGCCAUGGACACAAUUAACCGAACGGAGCUGGCGUGCAACAACACGGUGCUUGGCUCUCAGAUGCAGUUACAACUGGGGCGGGUGACGCGUGUGCAGAAGCACCGGAAGAUCCUGCGGGCGUCAAGGGAUCUAGAGCCAGACACUCUGAUCAUUGAGUACCGGGGCAAGGUCAUGCUCAAACAGCAGUUUGAGGUCAACGGACACUUCUUCAAAAAGCCCUACCCUUUCGUGCUGUUCUACUCCAAAUUCAACGACGUGGAGAUGUGUGUGGACGCGCGGACAUUUGGGAAUGAUGCACGCUUCAUCCGGAGGUCCUGUACACCCAGCGCAGAGGUUCGGCAUAUGAUCGCUGAUGGCAUGAUCCACCUCUGUAUCUACGCCGUCACGCAAAUCAUCAAGGACGCCGAGGUCACCAUCGGCUUUGACUACGAGUUCAAUAGCUGUAACUACAAGGUGGACUGUGCCUGCUACAAGGGCAACCAGCAGAACUGCCCCGUGCUGAAGCACAACCUGAGCCCGCGCGAAACCCUGCUCUGCCACGCAACGGGGUCGUUGCCCCCGCCCUCCCAACCCACGGGGGCCGAGACGCGGCGGCGGAAGGCCCAGCGGAGAGAGAUGGAGGGGCCAGGUGGCGGCAAGGGACCUUUAGGCAUGUCAGAUGACAGUAACCAGCCGCCCGAGGAGAGUGGCGAGGUCCGGGAGACGCUGCAGGGCAACGUCAGCCUGGGCAACAGUGACACAGAGGAGGGACUCCUAGAUGGGGUGAAGCUGGAGGAAGGAGAGGAGGAAGAGCUGGACGAGAACGGAGUCCUCAUCUCCAGUAGACCGAAGAGGACGCCCAGCGCAGGGGGCAUAGACGAGUUUAAACAGGAGGGCCUGGAGCCUGGAGAGGGGAGCGGAGGGAACCCCACGGGGCUUAACGCUGCGGCCCACCAAGCAGGGGUGGGGAUAAGCACCCGCCGUGCCACCUACGUCACCGAACCCUCCUUAGCAGCCGACGCAGACAAGGCCCUGGUGUGUACUGCUCCCCUCCUGGCCCCUCUCGCGGCGCCCCCCAAGCCUCCCCCGGCCCGCUCCUCCAAGCCACGGCCCAAGAGCCGCAUCUCGCGCUACCGCUCCAGCUCAUCGCAGCGAGCCCGCCGCCAGCGGCAGGCCCUGGCCCUGCAGCAGGCAGCCCUGGAGCAGGCGGUGGUGGCCGAGGGGCAGGAGGGUCCCCUGGGGGGACCCGGGACAGAGCUGAGGCUGGGGGACGGAGCAUUGGGAGCUGGGCAACUCCUCGACGGAGAAGGCCUGAGUGCUCUGAACAAGGGCAACCUUCGCAACCUGCCUAAGACUAAGAAGUAUCUGGUGACGGAGUGGCUGAACGACAAAGUGCUGGACAAGGUAGUCCAGCAGGAGGCACCCACGGUGGAGCGGCAACUGCGCAUCACCACCGACCCCACGGUGCUGGCGACUACACUCAACAUGCUGCCAGGCCUUGCGGCCUCCCCGCUCAUCUGCACAGCGCCCAAACACUACGUGCGCUUCGGCUCGCCUUUCAACCCUGAGCGCCGGCGCCGGCCCGUCAGUGUGGACGCCACCUACGGCUCCUUCAAAAAGAGAUGGAUCCAACAAGCCCAGGAUGAGAGCGGGCUCUGCUCGGGGGGCCUGGAGGACGGCACCGAGUCCACCUCCUCCCACCAAAGUAACAGCAGCAGCUCCACCCCCAACCCUUUCAAAGCCGAACUGGCGGCGCCCCCCAAGAAGCGGCGGUCCAUAUAUGGCCCGGAGGUGGAGGCAGCGCCGCCUCUGCCCGGCUCAGAAGAACAUGGUCUGCUGCUGCGGCCCCUGUCGCCCAUCACUCCCCCGCUGCCGUCGGACCAACCCCUGCCCAGCCCCGCCUCCUACGCCGCGCUGCUGGGCUGCUACGGCGACGAGGAGCGCCGGCUGUCCAACGGCAUGGCUGGCUACUCGCCACUGCCCUCGCUGCCAACCAGCCGCUGCAACACGCCACUGCAGUUUGAGAACAUAUCAUCUCCGGAGGCCUCUCCUGUGCACAGGCCUGAGUCCAUCUCUCCAGAGCCGUGUCUGCAACCGGACGUUGAUGCCCCGCGCUGCGCCCUGCAGUUCCCCAACCUGUCCUCGGGCCUCGAUGGCCCUGUGCCCGCCAUGUCAGACGACUUCUCUCUCCUCUUGGCAACGGGGCCUCCUCCCCCCGACACGCAGGGGCCGCUGGCCUCCAUGGUGGGCGGGGCAGGCCUCCUCACUCCCCUGGCGCCAGGCACCUUGUCCGAGUCGGCCCAGCAGGCCAGAGAGCAGAGCUUCAGGACUGAGUUCAACCUCAUCUAUACCUGCUCCCCGCUCAACGCCAACCUGGGCAACCCCGCCACCACCGACAGGCGCCUCAGCCAAUCGGAGGGCAGCUUCUCCCCGGCCGAGUCCUUCUACAGCACCGUGAGUGGCCAAGGGCCUCUGGCGGAGGCAGGGCCUGGCUCUCUAUCGCCCUAUGGCGAGCAGCACUAUGGCGGGGGCUACCCAGACAGUGGCACCCCUCCCCACCACACCAGUAACCCACCGCAGAAAAAGAAGAGGGCCAACCUGCAAACCGUUAGUCUGCUGACAGGACAGCCAGGUUACCAGGCUAUAGCAGUAAGACGUGAAUACAAGACAGUACACAAUAUGGUGUCUCUGCUGGAGUACCGUAAGAGAAAGCAGGGGAGCAGCAGGGACCCAGAGCCCGGGGGUAGCUCCCUGGACACCCGCCCCAGCUCCAUCUGUGCCAGCUCCAAGUCCCCUGCAGGCCUCCGUUCCUUCCACCUACAGCCCCCAGCCUCCCCCCACAGCUCCUUCUCCUCCCCCACCCACUCCUCCAUCCCCCAGAUAGAGGAGGUAAGCCCCCCAGAUAACCACCACAACGUUACCACCUCCCACGCCCCUGGACCACCAACACAGCAGCAGUCCAGGGCUCAGGAAGGCACCAGCCACUGGAUGGUGCCCACGACAGUUGAGCGGCUGAGGGAGGGCCAGGGCGUCUUAGAGCGGGUACUGAGGGGCUCCCUCAAGAUGGACCGUGUGCUGAAGAGAACGGACUGCUCUGCUACAGACAAGGACCCUGAUGCACACCGGUAUGAGAUCCAGACGGUAUCCCUGGCCUCUCCCAUGAAAAGCCCACAGAGAUACAGCCCGUCUGUCUACACACACCAGGUGCAGCCCCCCUUAUCGGAGAGCCACCAGCAGACAGUGGACAGUCCGGCCUUCCUUCAGCAGAGCGUGUCCUCUCCAUUCCGUGGUUCCUACAGCCCCUCGGCUCCCCCUCCCUCAGGCCAGGGCUUCUACUCUCGCCUGUCCUCCCUCUCCGCCCUGUCUCAAGACACCUCGCAGCAGCAUCAACAGCCCCUCAACCCCCUGUCCUCCUUCCCCAACCAAACCACCUCCACUGCAGACUCUGCGCUGUGCGGGGCCUCCAGACCGCCAGGAGGCAACCUGCACCAGCUGAGCGGCGGCAGCAGUAUGGACGGGUCCCACGUGUACAGUGGCGGGAGCCACCUAAAAGCCAGCCUCUUGAACAGCGGGUUGUCAGGGUCUCCCACCCCUGGCUCCAGGGCUCACGGCAACCCUAAAACAGACUUGGGCGCCGGUGCUGCGGGGAACCCGGCGUCCCACCACGCCUCCAGACUGAGCCAGCAGCAGGCGUCCCGGAGCCUGAAACCAGGCAGCCCCGGGCAGACAGUGCUGCAGGCCGGCUCCAGGCUCCUGGCGGCCUCCACCGGCCAACACUACCCACAGCGCGGGACACCCCUCAGUCAGUUCCAGCACCCACCCAUACAGGGGUCAGGAGUAAGGACACAGUCAGGAAGCUUUUAGGAUGUUGUGUGUUUGUUUGCUUGAGUGUGUGUGUGUGUGAGUGAAAUUGUGUACCUCCUAUCUUAAACCCUGUGGAGAAACUAGGCUUGGGGGAGGGGAUAUAUACAGACCUAAGAGGAGUAAGGACUUGGCUUCUUGUAUGGAUUUCUCCUGAUUUUCUGUCUUUUUGUUUUAUCUGAAAAUAAAUUACUGCAUUCUAAACAUGGCUAAUUGAGGAACUUCAACAUCAUCAAGGAAUCAAAUGAAAAGAGAUGUUCAACAAAACAAGAUGUGUAAUUUGAAAUUGCCCUGACAUGAACAGACUGUGUAAGACUGGCUAAGUAGAUGGGGAAACUCAACACUUUGUACAGAUACUCAUGGUUUUCUUUGUUUUUGUUUUUAAAGAAGCGUACCUAUUGUUUUGGUACCGGAUUUGAUAAUGCUGAGACGGCAGGUGUAACUCAGCAGAGACUUUGUCAAGGUAACUUUUUGGAUUUGGCUAGAAGCCGGGUCAGUCCUGCAGUAUAAGUGUUUCGUUUGGAAAGGGGGAAACGAUACUAGCAAGAGUGUAUGUGUGUAUCAUCCAUUAUAAAGAUGCAGAGGGUGGCAAAUAAGAGCUGCCUAAAAAUCAUUCCUUAUGAUUUCCAGUUUUUUGUGUCUCAAACUUAGCCAAUUUCUGAAAACUCUUGAUCUGUAUUUUACUGUUCAAUGAUUUUAAUUUUUUUUCCCCACGUGACUGUUUUGAUUUGAUGUAUUACUACUUCACAGUAGAUUUGCUAUAUUGUACUUGAGUCAUACAGAUCUUGUAAUUCAUGGUGCUGCAGUUGUUUUCGUUAAGUUAUUUACAUUCAAAUCCAGUUAUGUUCCACUCAUCCGGUUGAUUCAGCUCAUUUGUUAUUUGGAAUCAAGACUUUUGCCAGAAAUACAUCUUAGUAAUCGUUAACUUUUAUUGUGCUGGAGCGAGAAGUAAGAAGCAGAAUAAUCUUUUUUUUUUUUUUUCUUUACUCCGUUGUUGGGUUUGUUCUCUCUUGAAUCCUGUCGGAUUCUUUUUAUGAAAAAUGUAUUGAGAAUAUAUUUUUUUCUCUCCCUCUGACCAAUCCUUGCAUUCCGUAUGCCACCUAAGAAACUAGGAGGAUAAUCUAUGGCGGGAUUUGUUUGAAUGGUAUAAAAAAAAGGAAAAAAAGCUGCUGUGUUCUCCUUAUUUUUACGCAAGUGCUGCUUCAAGACGUUUCCCUUCCCACAGAAUGCUGUACCUCCAUUUCAGUAGGGUCUUCACCAACUGAAUACAAAACAAAAAGAUGAAAAUCACACAGCGAAGUUAACAAGUCAUGUGCCAUGAUCACUGCAGUGGGACUUUUAAUCAAUGUUAAAUGACAUUGCUGAUGCACACUGGGAGAUGUAGUCUCCUCGUGACAGACGAGACCGCAGGAAGAUGGACUUUUUAUGGAACUCGUUUGGACGUUCUAGUUUGGUUGGGAGUAAAUGUCUUUGGGGAGCCAGGAACCACACUGGGGCUUUAAGGGAAGGUUUUGGACAGAGGGACUUGUCAGCUUGACCGGACACUUGACCUUUCUUAUUGCCUCAUCCAUAGACAAAGGGUACUCACUUGUUACAUGAAUGUUUGACCGAAGACUUCAGAGAAAUUUGUGACCCAAUAUUACCAGCACCUUAAGUGAAGACAGACAAAACCCUAAAAUGAAACAAACGAGAAUGUAAGAUCAUGUGUACUUGUAUAAAAUGUGUUAAACUGUAUGAUGAAAAAUAUAGUACACAAAAUUUGCA